AUGACAACAUAUCCGCCAAUUCAACCUCGUCCAAUCUCAUGUAAAUCAUCAUCAUCAUCAACAACAACUAAUGUUCCAUCAUCGUCUAUUUUUCUUGUACAAUCAUCAACAGUAACAAAUACAAAUUUUUCUCAAACAAAUACAGAUUUAAAUACUAAUAAUUCAUCUCAAAUAUCUUCUUUUUCUUCAACAUCAUUAUCUCCUUAUGAAGAAUUUCUCAAACGCUUACGUGAAUUUCAUCGAGGUCGUCAAACAACAUUUCGUUCUUUACCAACAAUAGCUGGACAAAUUGUUGAUUUACAUUUAUUAUAUAAUACAGUCGUUAGUCAUGGUGGUUGGGAUAAAGUCAAUGAUAGACAAUUAUGGUCAACUAUUGCUAAUAAUUUUUCUAUUGAUUCAUCAUGUCUUAAUGCUACACAAGCUUUAAAAAAUAUUUAUAUUCGAUAUUUAUAUGCUUUUGAAAAAAUAAAUAAUGGCGAAAAUAUUGAUUCACAUGAUGAUGAAAAUGAAGAUGCAAAACGACGAACAACUUCUCAAUUACAACGUGUACCACAAUCAUAUAACCAUUCACAACAUAUUGUUUCCGAUGCAUUACGUAUUCAAUAUGGACUUUUUACUGAUUUUGUAAAUCGAAAUGAAUAUGAAAAAUUAGAAUUAGCAUUAUUAUGUGGUUUUCCAAAUGAAUUAACAUUUACAUUAAAUACUUUAUUACUUCUUUCAUCAUCAGGAAAUCAUGCAAAAUCUUUUGAUUUAUAUAAAUGUCCACGUUUAUUAGAUUUACUUUUUCGUCAUGUUGGAUUAUUUUUACCGUCAGAUACAUUAAUUAAUGAUCAUAAUUUAAAAUUUUUAUAUGAUAAUCUUUGGUCAACAUACUUAAAUUAUAAUAUGGAUUUAUUUUGGAUUGAAUCAUGUUCACCUAUAAUUCUUAAAUUAUUAUUAAAUAUUAAUAUUGAAAAUAAGAAAAAUAUUCUUUAUAAAAAUUUUAAUCUUAAUACAAAUGAAUAUCAAAAAGAACAAGAAUUUCGUAUUGAACAAAUAUUAAUGAUAAUACGUAAUUUUUCAUUUGAUCGUUUAAAUACACUUUAUUUACUUGAUACAAUACAAUCAAAAUUAUCAAGAACUUAUAUAUUUUUAUUAUUAAUAUCAUAUUGUGAAAAUAAAAUUGAAUUACAAAAAUAUGCUUUUGAUAUAUGGACUAAUUUAGCUUUAUAUAUGCAUUUACGUAUGAUAAGUAAUAAUGAAGGUUUAUUAUUACGACAAUUAUUAAGUUCUAUGUUAAAUGGUGAUGAUGAUCAACAACAACAACAAGAUCGAUUUCGAAUAAUUCGUGCAUUAGAAAUUAUUACUAAUUUAGCUCGUGCUGGAAAUGAUAAUGGAAUUUAUUUAAUUGAUUAUAUUGAUAUUAUUGUUAAAAGUCUUAUACAUAUACCUGAUAUACUUGUAUUAGUACACUGUUUAGAAUGUUUAUAUCAAUUAUCGGAAUUAGGUGAGCAAUUAUGUGAUACAAUACUUAACGUACAAACAUCUACAUCAAUAAUAACAACAUUAAUUGAUUUAUUAACAAUAGAAGCACGAAGUUUUUCUUCUGACACAAUAAAAACUAUAAAAAUCAUUGAAAUGUCUUCAGGUCCAUCGAUUCUUCAAUCUUAUCAUCAACCACCGAUAGCACCACAACCAAUUGUUGUUAUAUCUUCAAAUCAAUCGACACAACAACAACAACAACAACAACAUCAAUUAUAUUCAAUUGAAAAUUCUGAACUUAAUAAAAAUAAUACAAAAUUUAUUAUUCAACAAUAUUCUAAACCAUUAACAUUGACUGGUUUAAUUUCAUCAGGAAAUUCUAUAUCUGUUUCAACAUCAUCAACACAAAAUCAAUCAAUUAUUAUUCCAAAUACAAAUACUCAAACAAAUGAUAAAAAACGAAAAUAUGAUUGUCUGACAGAAACGAUGAAUGCAUCUCUUCAUGACAUAUUGUUUUCAUCAAAAUUACCUUGUCCAUCUCGUUCAUAUUCGAUUUCAUCAAAAAAUCCCGUUACUAUUGUGUCAUCAUCAAUUGAAGAUGAAAAUAAUAUAGAAAAUAAUAAUACAACAAAUAAUAUUCAUUUAACAAUGACUGAUCUACUCGAUCGUUGUUCAUCUCAAUCAUUUGAUAAUGAUAUUCGUUUAUGUUUAAAUGAUUUAUGUCAACGUGUUGUACUCUUAGUUGAUCAAUCAUUGUCAGAUAUUAAUAAUUAUAUAACAUCACCAAUAUUUAAACGUAAAAUAGAAACACAAAUAAUAAAAGAAAUUGAUCAUGUUGGUGAACAAUCACAAACAAAAAAAUCUAGUCAACAAGAAUUAUCUGAUAGUAAAUCAACUAUUUCAACAUCGAAUAUUAUAACAACAUCUGAUUAUGUUUGCAAUUGGGAUAAUUGUCGAGCGGCUUUUGCCACAGCACGAGCAGUUUUUCAUCAUACUUGUUCAAUUCAUGUUAAACAUUCGUCUGAUUAUGUAUGUUUAUGGAAUGGAUGUGAUCGAUUAAAACGUCAAAAAUGGGCUUUAAUUAAUCAUAUUCAAGAACGUCAUUGUUCGGAAAUCGCAUUUCGACAAGCAAAACUCAAAUUGACAAAUCCUGUUCCUUCAACAAAUGCAAUGCCAUCAAAUAUUUCUAGUAAUAGUAAUCGUAUAUUGACAUCGGGAUCAGUUGGUUAUACAUCUGAUGCUGCUUGGUUUGCGAUUCGACGUUAUAUGCAAGCUAAUUUAUUUGAUGAACAAAUAAAUAAAAAUAAAGAAGGUCCAUUAACAAAAAGUAUUCGUUUAACAGCUGCACUUAUUUUACGUAAUAUUGCUCGACAUUCAUCAAUAGGAAAACAAAAUCUUCGACAAUAUGAACAAAUUAUUGCAAAUUUAGCUCUUGAAUCAACGGAAGCAUCGCAAAUACUUAGUUCAUGUCUAUUUGAACUUUGCAAUUAA